UAAAAAUAUUCCACAUGUUUUGAACAUUUUUCUCGUGUUAUUUUUGUGUUGAUUAAUAAUAAUUGGUGUUCAAAAGUGCUGUGGUGAAUAUUAAGUGAUUAUUGGAUAUAUUUUUGACGACUGGAUAUAAAUUCACACAUAAAUUUCCCUUUUUUCGUUAUUAUUUCCUUCGGUUUCGUUUCUUCAUUAUUUUUGGAUAGAUUUGACUCAUCUUUUAAAAUAUUUAUCCUGAAUAAAUAAAUUAUCAAUAGAAAAAAUGGGCAGGACUAGUAAGCACGUAAAACAGCUAAAAUCAGAAAAGGCGAAAGUUAAAUUGAAGACUAGUAAAAAAGCGAAGCUUUUGCCCAAAGGGCUCAACGUGACCAACACAAGUUUCAAAACGAAAAAAAUUGUUAUCCAAGAACAGUUGAAACAACAAGACUCGUCAGAAAUUCUUAGUCGAAGAAAACUGAAUGUGAAGGAUCUUCUUUCAAGACUUCAACACUACAGUUCAACAGUUCGCCAAGAGGCAGUAAAAGAAUUAAAAGAACUGAUGAACCACCAUUCUUCCGAAAUAGUAAAUCUCCAUUUAAAUUCUCUCCUCCAAGGGAUUUGUUCCCUCUCUCUCGACAAGGAACGAGACAUAAGAAGAGAAUCCCUGAAAGUUUUAAACACAAUUCUCUCUCCAAUUUCUGCCGAACAAUUGUAUCCUUUCUGCGAUAUUCUCUUGUCUUAUUUAAAUUGCUCAAUGACCCACAUAAAUCCAAGCAUCAAAGAGGACUCUCUCCUUUUCCUCGACGUUCUAAUUCAAAACUGCAAUUCUCUUCUCGCCCAAAAAAGUCAGCGAAUUCUCCCCAACUUUCUCGAGAUGAUUUCCAAACUCCGAACGGAAUCCCAGCCCGGGAGACAACUCUCAACGAAUCUAAAUUCAAGAAACACGAGCGUCAAAUGGAGAAUUAAAGUUCUCGCGAGUUUGGAGAAAAUUCUCACAGCGAUCGUUCAAGCCAACAGGAGGAAGAAAUUGGAUUCGAAUUUAAAAGCGAGAACGAUUUCAGCCAGUGACGAAAUUACCUACGCGCCGAUUUAUGGGAACAAUUUGGAAAUUUGCGAAAUAAAUUUCGGCCGAGAGGAUUACGAUGUUGAGAAGGAUUUAAGCUCGAAGGAAUUUGAUAAAUAUAUCGAGAGUCUUCUGCCCCUGAUGUUCGACAGUUGGAUCGAAGUUUGUCCAAAGGAGAAAAUCGCCAUUUCGGAAUCUAUGAUUUCGAAUGAAGCUGCUGUGCUUUUGAAAAGUAUUUUGAACAUCACGCAGGCUGUGAUUGAAUUACUGGAUUUUUUGGAAUCCGAGGAGAGAACGGCUUUGUCGAGUUUGAGAUUUAAACGAAAUUUUCAAGAGGCUUUUGUGAAAACUCUGAUGAUGCGGUUUCCUUACGAGGAGAAAAAUGCCGCUAAUCCAAAAUUUAAUAAUAAUAAGAAGAGGCAAGCCGAUUUUUCGGAGAGUUUGAAUUUAAAUGGGAGUUGUUUGGAGCAGAAUUUGGCAAUUUGUCAUGUUUUUAUUUGGUUCAGUAGAGUCCAGGGAGAGAAGCAGUCGAAGGAAGGAAUUGACAAGGAACUCUGUGGUCGAGUUCUCGAAGUUAUGAAUGAUAAAUUGGAAAAUUGGUCAAGUCGUGACGCUUCAGCUUUGCCUCAAUUUAUGCGUACCCUCAGAACUUUAUUUCUCAGAGCAAGUAAAGUUUGGUACAAAAAUGGAAUUUCAUUAGGAGAGACACUGAAAACUUUAAUAAACGCCCACGCGCGCCAAUCAAGGAAAGAAUUUCAAUCGCAGUGUUUUUCUCUCCUCAGCGAUAUUGUCAUGGACCACAAUUUGAAGGAAUUACACGCCGAGAAGGAAUUUAAAAAAUUUAUAAAAUACCUGCCCAGUCUUUUGUUGAAGAAAAGCAUUCAGGAAAAUGUGAUUCAAUUGUUGAACACAAUUGUCCUUCGAUACAAGAAUUGGAUUCAGGAGGAACUUAUCAAAAAUCAGGAAGCAAUUAUUGAUAAUGCGAAGCAGAUAGAAAUUCUGAGAUCAGAAAAUGACAGAAGUACUCGCCUGAUGAUCUGCAAUCUCUUCUAUUUUAUCGAUAAUCAAAUCUAUCAUUAAAACUUCAAUAAAGAGAGAUUAUUACGACAAUCAGGAGUCUUGUCGCUUCUUUCAAUGGACAUUUUCUGUGAGUGGCGUAGAGAUGCAAAUGAGGGUACCAAUGGAAUAAAAGCCUUAUGAAUCCCAGAGUCAGAAUGUAAGACAAAUAAGUGAGAAGAGUUGCCCAAAGACUCUUCUCGAAUCCAUGUACAUACUAGAAGAAAUAGAAUCCACUUUUCAAUGCCAAUAA